AUGAAUCAAAAUGGACUAGAGAGUGAUUAUCAGCUUAAAAAAGAAAGCAAAAAUAUAUCAGAUCAAAUUAUGAAUAUAAAUAAUAAUUUUGAUAAAAAAAAUUAUAUAAAUACCGCUAAUAACAGUGAUAAAAUUAUAAUGAAAAAUAAUGAAAAACACAUAAGUGUAAAUAAUAACAACCAUUUAGUAAAAAACUAUAAUAAUAAUCCUCUUUCAGCUAAUAAACUAGAUGAAAAAAAGAGAGAUAAAAAGGUAAAGAAUAGUAAAAAGGUAGAUAAAUAUAUACAUAUAAAUGAAAAGAAAAUAAAUACAAAUGAGUACAUUUAUAUGAAUGAUGAUAACAAAAAUGUUUAUCUACAUUAUUACGAAAGUAAUCAAAGUGAUUAUUAUAAUAAUGAAAAUAAAGAAGGUAUAAAUAAAACUAUAAAUGAAGAAAUUAAUGUUGAAAAAAAUAAAAAUAAAAAUAAAAAUUGGAAAGGAAGAACCUUUAGCCGUUUUACACCUGGUGGUGUACGAUCUAGUACAGUUCUAUUUAUAUGUACAGCUAUAGGUGUUGGCUUUUUAUCAAUUCCUUAUGUUUUUUCGAAAUUAGGAAUAAUUUUAAGUUUGAUCUUGAUAUUUUUUAAUUCAAUUGAAUCAUAUGUUACUACAAAUAUUUUAUGUUUAUCAUCAUUAGAACAUAACACUUUUGUAUAUGGUAAUUUAUUAAAGAAAAUUGGUAAAAGUUAUCAUAAAACUAUUAUUGAUAUUGGCCUAUCUUUUGGAUACGUUUCAAGUUUUAUACUAAUUUUAAUUUUAAUGAGUGAUUUUUUAAGUAGUAUAUUUUAUGUAUUCAAUUUUCCAGCUUUGUUAUGUAAUAAUAUAUUUAUAGUGGUCAUUGUAUGCCUAUUAAUUCUACCAAUAACUUUUCGAAAUAAAGUUGGUACACUUAAUUAUUUUCUAACAUUUUCUUUAUUUUCAUUAACAAUUACUGUAAUAACUAUAGGCAUUCAAGCACACUCUUAUUUUAAUAUAUUAAAAAAUAAAAAUAUUGUACUAUUUAAUAUAGACAGAAACUUCUUUAAAUGUUUUAAUGUUUUGCUGUUUUCGUUCUCUCAACAACCUAAUGCUUGUUUUAUAACGGGUCAAUUUAAUCAACCAACUCAUAGAAGAAUAAAUAAAUCAGCAUAUAGAAGUAUUAUGUUACAAGUAAUUUUUUAUACAUUAUUUGGUAUUUUAGGAUAUCUAUCUUUUCUAAAUACAGCAAAAGAUAAUAUUGUAUUAAAUUAUGAAAAUACAAAUAUAUCCAUACUCUUUUGUAAAUUCCUUUUAUCUAUAACCUUUUUUUUUUCGAUUCCUUUGAACUUCAUGGGUUCAUAUCAAAGUUUACUAUCUUUAUUUUUAGGGAUUCGUAAUAUUUUUUAUAAAAUAUAUUUCUUUAUUUUAAGAAGAAAUAGAUACAUUACAAAUUUAUCAUCAGUAUUACGAGAUAAUUCAGUUGAUCCAUUAGAAGAAAUUACUCUCGAUAAUUAUACGGACACUUCAAGUUUGAAUGAAUCACAAACUUCUGACAAAAAGCAAAGAAUUUUUGUUUCAACUGUGAUAACUAUUAUUUGUGCUCUCAUUGCAUGUAAUGUGAAAAACUUAUCUAAUGUUAUUGGAAUAGGAGGAGGGAUUACGUCUACUCUGAUAUCAUGCUUUUUACCCAAUUUGAUUUAUUUUAAAAAUAGAAAAAAUGUUAAAAAUAAGUUUAAAAGAUAUAUAACUUUAUUUAUGCUAUUUUUUUUUUCAUUCAUGGGAUUUUUUUCUGUCAUUAUUACUGCAUUAAAUUUAGUUGUUUAA